AUGGGGGACGAGAAGCUCCCAACUUCGGUGCCCCAUGGAUCCGAGCCCACAGUAACGGACUUUGCUGGUAUUCUGCUGGCGGAGCUGUCGAGCUUCUCAGCUCGGGCGAUAAGAGAUGCCACGCAGAUGGUCAAUCUCGUUGAAGUUUCAAUCGCGCCUUACACUAGUUUGCUGAGACCCUGGCGAGAGUUUUUUACUAUCGAGCUCCCAGACCUGGAUUCUGAUCCAGACUUCCUGCAGCGGAUUGUUAGAAACAUCGCCUACUUCCAGGCCAACUACCUGAUGAUAGGCUCCGUCAUGUUUGCGGUGGCCGUCUACCGGCAUACAUCCUGGCUCCUAGCUAUCCUUCUCCUGGCUGGCUUUUGGGCCGCAUACAUCGCCCGGGGGGGCUUCGACCCACACUGGAAGCCUGUUGUGUUCGGGACCGAGAUUACAGCUUCGCAUCGACUUGCGCUUUUGUAUGCUGGCUCUCUGUCCCUGAUCUUUCUGGUCUUUGGACAGGCCCUGCUGGUUCUGUUGGGAAUUCUUGGCACGCUUACGGCCACCCACGCCCUCUGCCACGCCGGGCCACCCAAGCCCGCUGCACCCGUAGCCGCCGCGGCCGGCGGUGGGGAAGUGAAAGCCAAAAUCCGGGCCAUUGUUUAA